UACGCCCCGGCGCCUUCAUACGCCCCUGCGCCAUCGUACGCCCCGGCUCCCUCGUACGAGGCACCGGCCAGCUACGGCAGCAGCUACAAGCGAUCCACCCAGCAGUACAGCGCCCAGUCCAACUACAACCAGAAGUCCACCUACCAGGCGGAGAGCUACCAGCAGCCCAAGUACGAGCAGCCCAAGUAUGAGCAGCCCAAGUACGAGCAGCCCAAGUACUCCGCACCGGCGCCCGUCUACGCUCCCGCCCCCGCCUACGAGGCACCAAAGUCGUACGCCGCACCGGCGCCCGCCUAUUCUGCCCCGGCCCCAAGCUACGCCGCACCGGCCCCGGCUUAUGAAGCACCAUCGUACGCUGCUCCCGCUCCGUCGUACUCUGCCCCGGCUCCAUCGUACUCUGCCCCGGCACCGAGCUACUCUGCUCCAGCGCCCUCAUAUUCGGCCCCUGCCCCUGCUUACGAGGCUCCCAGCUACUCUGCUCCCGCCCCGAGCUACUCGGCCCCUGCUCCCAGCUAUUCCGCCCCAGCUCCUUCAUACUCUGCCCCUGCCCCGGCUUAUGAGGCACCAGCCAGCUAUGCUCCUGCCCCAUCCUACUCGGCUCCGGCCCCCAGCUACUCGGCACCAGCGCCAGCGUAUGAGGCUCCCUCGUACUCUGCCCCAGCUCCGAGCUACUCUGCUCCUGCGCCAUCCUACUCGGCACCGGCUCCUAGCUAUGCGCCAGCCCCAGCCUAUGAAGCCCCCGCUCCCUCGUACUCUGCGCCAGCACCGAGCUACUCGGCACCGGCUCCCAGCUACUCGGCACCGGCCCCAGCUUAUGAGGCACCCGCCCCGAGCUAUUCUGCCCCUGCACCAUCAUACUCGGCCCCCGCUCCCAGCAACUCCGCCCCUGCUCCUUCCUACUCAGCACCGGCUCCCAGCUACUCUGCUCCGGCCCCCGCCUAUGAGGCACCUGCUCCAUCCUACUCUGCUCCCGCACCGAGCUAUUCAGCCCCGGCUCCUAGCUACUCUGCCCCAGCUCCAUCAUACUCGGCCCCGGCGCCAGCCUACGAAGCCCCAGCGCCGAGCUACUCAGCUCCGGCUCCAUCCUACUCGGCACCGGCCCCCAGCUACUCGGCACCAGCACCCGCUUAUGAGGCUCCCAGCUACUCUGCCCCAGCUCCCAGCUACUCCGCCCCUGCUCCCAGCUACUCUGCCCCAGCUCCCAGCUACUCUGCCCCAGCUCCCUCCUACUCAGCUCCCGCUCCCAGCUACUCGGCACCGGCUGCCUCGUACAGCAGCCCACAGCUGUCGUACUCGAAGAAGGUCGAGUCGUACAACCUGACGGCGCCCGUCUACCAGGCCCCAGCGCCCUCAUACUCGGCCCCCGCUCCGAGCUACUCUGCUCCCGCUCCAUCCUACUCUGCCCCCGCCCCAUCGUACUCUGCGCCCGCUCCGAGCUACUCCGCGCCGAGCAGCGCCUACCGCCGAGGCCUCUCCCGUCGCUUCCCCACCUUCCGCGGCGUGAACACCUUCGACGACUACUACGCCUCCUCGGCGAACUUCACCGAAUCGACCG